AUGCGAUUCAGCAACCGACAGGGAACAAGUGAGCAGGAGCUCAAUGCUACCACGGCCGAUGUCGUGUUGCAACUUGGAGAGGCAAAGAUCCCAAUCAAGGCGGAGAAGUUGCUGGGAGCCACAGUGAGGGUCAGUCGAAGCCAUCAGAAUCUCGCUGCCGAGCAGUACAAGCCUCGAAGUCCGCAUGAGCGCGCAUCGAACGACGAAGACAAAGCGAUCGAGGCGCUGUCGCGAAUGCAGGAGGAGUUGUCAUGGACUCAUGCGGGCGCUGCAGCGGGCGGUGGGAAAUAUCCAUGGUCUCCCGAUGACCUGUAUCCCAGUGACAGCAAACUCUAUCAACCAACACAACAUGGCAACCACCAUACCCCGGAUCGACUACGCCGGGAACCGUCUGAUGCGAACCUACCGGCUUAUUACGACCCGACAGAGCAGCCUUAUUAUGUGUCGCAACAGACUUCCGCCUCUGCCGUACGUGAUAUGGCCCUUCACAAGGGAGCGCCCACCAUUUUCGACAACAUUGGCGAGACUCCACAACGACGACUGUCACUGACAGCCAUGAAGCAACACGAGGUGUCACGACGCAGUAAGACGACAGGCCACGGCCCAAGACCACGAAAACUCGACCUUGUACAGCUUUUCCCUCAACCACGACCGUCCACUGGACGCCUACUAUCCCCCUCACGACUGCAGCACUCGCCGUCUGCAAUGACCGACCGUGCCGAUUACCCAUUACCGCCUCUGCCCAACGAGUUGCACAGUAAGAAGUCGGGAACAUUAGAUACAUCUUCAGUCAGACCGUCGACCGCUGCGUCGGGCGUUGCUGGCAAGAGUCGAACGUUCGAUGAGGAUAUCUUCGAUCAACACAAGACCAACGUGCGAAGGCCGCCGAAGGGUAUUCAGAAUUGGUUUGAUGCCUUUCUUGACACCGAUGAGGAUGAGGACGAAGAUGAAGAGCCUGUCGAUGACGGACCUGAACCGCAAGAGCUCCCAGCCGACGAGAUCCAGCCUCCAGCAUAUCAAUCGCCGAGCAGAGAAGUGUCGCGUGCAAGUCACAAGUCGAUCCAGCCCCAGAUGCAACCUCAGUUGCCACAACCCGUCCAGCAAACACGUUCGUUAGAUCCUAUCCGCGACGAGCGACAAGCAUUGGAAAGAAUGCAAGAACACGAAGAUUUGAGCAGAUAUCGCAGUACAAGUGAAUGCCAUUCUUGGGACAGCAUUCAAUCAUCGCAUCUAGGCCAACCGCAACCCGCUCCGGCGGAGAGUCACAUAGGGAGCAACUCACGUGCGGGACAAAGUGUCCUGUCGCUAUCAGAUUCCGGCUAUGGCGAAGACGGCGAGGACAAUUCAUCAGGCAGUCACGUCAAGGAUCGUCCGACUAUACGAGACAGUAUCAUGGACUACCGCAACGUUACCGUCGGCGCAGCAUCGCGGAUGGAUGUGCAAAAGUUACACCAAAGACCUCAGCAAUUGCAAGCCAUCCGAAGUCUCAGCCACGAGAGUAAAGAAAUGGAGACGAAGCGCAGUUCAUCCAGGACGUCCGUGUCAAAUACCACUCCACACCAGGCACAGAAGCCGCUUCCCAUGGCGCCGCAAGAGGAGAUGCAUCCCACAGCAGAGCAGGUGGCAUUACGACGAUUGAACGGACUCAGUCUUGAAUCAAGCGCAACCAGCAACAGCAACAGCAACAGCGAGCAAGCGCUUAGAAGUCAGGAUUCGAGCGAGCUUCCAUCAGAUGCUGCACACAUGAUAGCAGUUACUGAGGAGGAAAUGAUGCUGCUCGAUCUGAUGCGACGCAAACGUGCAAUGAUGCAGCAGAUGUCGUUCACCGAGGGGUAUCAACUGGCGUUGCAGACAGAGCAGCAGCGUUUGGCCAAAUGUACUGAGUCGGCACAGAAGAGCGCAAUGAAGGCUUUGCAGCGCAAGGAGAACGAGCGUCGAGACAGCCAAAUUUCGUCUUCGCGAGGCUCUCCCACCGUCACGCAAAGCGACUCUGACAUGCGACGACAUCUGAGUGCCAUUCGAAAGGAGCAAGUCGACGAGCGUUUUCAAAUCGAGCGUUUUCUCGGCAUGUCACAACCACAACCGCUCUCGUCCCAUCCACCAGACCUCGCCAUGCCCACCGAACUGCCCAGAUCCAAAAAGUCGAGCUCCACCAAAUCACGAGAACCCAGUGGUGAGCUCCUCCCAGCUACCGUCUACUCACCAGCAAACACUCCCACUGGCCACAGCCCAGCCGUCACGCAAGGUUCACUUCCAUCCUCAGACGACAACGAUUCUGAUUCCGUCAAGCGACGAGUCGACCACUUCAUCGCAACGAACGGUGCGGUCCCACCGUUGAAUACCGCCCUCAAGACGAUGCGGAAGAAGUCGAGCCGCACUCCGGCCAGCAUGCCACCUUCGCCGGUUAUUGAGGAAGACCACGCACCCCCAGCCGUUCCUGUACGCAGCCCGGCCCGCACGAAGAAGCAUCAGCGAGACGCUUCUGAUCAAUCGUGGCAAUUAAGUCACAAAGUUUCCUCUGUAUCAAUGGACACCGACGCCGAACCACGGGAUAAGUCUCCUGUCCAUCCCUUCUUUUCUCGAAAAGACUCUACAAACGAGGGAGAGCAAGCUCGCUCGCCGGAAGAAGAACAUUACACGCCGCUCUUGCCCAGCAGACCUGGCGCUGAAUUUGCCGAUCCCAACUCGCUGCAGAGGACGCAGACCAUUGUCUCGGCCAUGACCAGCUCACCGUCGAUGUCCACCAUGUCGCCCAUAUCUCCUUUCUCCUCGAUCAUCAGCGCAGCCGCCGCUGCCCCUAAGCCUUUGACACCACAAAGCCGUCAAGCCAGCGCUUAUACCCCAGACACCGAAUACUCCCAAUACUCGCGCUCCACACCUUCCACCGUCGGCGCCACCGCCCAAAUCGCACAUGUCAUCAACCUCAGCGGCCCACCGAUGGCCAAAGGUACCAACGUCGAGCGAAAGAGACCCCUUCCUCCACCCCUCUCACAGCUCAACACCAUCGAAGCCGCCAUGGAAAGCCACGUCGUCAACAAGCACGGGAGCUUGAUGUCCAUCACGAGCGCAGGCGAGGAUGUCCUCGCUGCGUGGAAGGAUCUCGGCGGAGGAAGUGAUUGUUUGAAGACGAAGAAGAGAAUCGCUGCCAGACCAAGCGGAGGGCUGAGCGAAGUGACGCAUUAA